CAGCCUGGACGGAAGGAGCUUAGAGCGGGCGAGGCUCCGCCCUCUUUCUUUUCGGCUUCUGACGCCAUUUUGCAGUAAUCUGUCAAGAUGACCAACACGAAGGGGAAGAGGAGGGGGACACGUUAUAUGUUCUCAAGACCCUUCCGCAAACAUGGUGUUGUCCCACUGGCCACCUAUAUGCGCAUCUAUAAGAAGGGUGAUAUUGUGGAUAUCAAGGGCAUGGGCACAGUUCAGAAGGGCAUGCCCCACAAAUGUUAUCAUGGCAAGACAGGAAGAGUAUACAACAUUACUCAGCAUGCUGUUGGCAUAAUUGUGAAUAAGAAGGUUAAGGGCAAGAUUCUCGCCAAGAGAAUUAAUGUGCGUAUUGAGCACAUUAAGCACUCUAAGAGCAGAGACAGCUUCUUGCAGCGAGUGAAGGAAAAUGAAAGAAAGAAAAAAGAAGCAAAGGAAAAAGGCACUUGGUUUGAACUAAAACGCCAGCCUGCUCCUCCAAGAGAAGCGCACUUUGUGCGAAACAAUGGCAAAGAGCCAGAACUGUUGGAACCAAUUCCAUAUGAAUUUAUGGCAUAGCUCACUUCCACCCUUACAGCCUGUAAGAGAAGCACACUUUGUAAGAACCAAUGGCAAAGAGCGGAACUGUUGGAAUCGCCAUAUGAUUUUGUGACAUAGUUUAUGUAAACAAAAUAAAGUCUCUUGUAGAAGAUUCA